UUAUGGGAGUUAUAUGUUAGGAAUGUUGCAGACGAACGAAACUGAACGAAAAAACUAAUGCUGUAGUAGUGACCUAAAAUGGCUGUAAACGGAGUUAAGAUGGAAAACAAGGUGACCGUUGUCCUGGGUGCCCAGUGGGGUGACGAGGGUAAAGGAAAGGUUGUUGACCUCUUAGCAGGUCAAAUGGAUUUGGUUUGCAGGUGUCAAGGAGGCAACAACGCAGGUCACACUGUUGUUGUAGGAGACAAGUCCUACGACUUCCAUCUCCUUCCCUCCGGAAUCAUCUGGCCCGGGGUUGAGUCCCUAAUUGGGAAUGGAGUAGUCGUCCAUAUGCCAGGAUUCUUUGAGGAGCUCGAGAAGAAUAUUGCCAAGGGGUUGACCGGCUGGGAAACCAGGCUUAAGGUUUCUGAUCGAGCCCAUCUUGUGUUCGACUUCCAUCAGGCAGCGGAUGGUAUGCAGGAAAGUGACCGGGAAGGAUUAGUUGGAACUACCAAAUUGGGAACAACUAAAAAAGGUAUCGGUCCAACCUAUGCCUCUAAGAUGACCCGUAACGGUAUCCGUAUUACGGACCUUGUAGAUGACUUCGAGGCCUUCUCCAAUAAGUUCACCAUACUCGCCGACAACUACAUGGCUGCCUUCCCCAGCCUUCAGGUGGAUAAAGCUAGUGAACUAGAGAGGUAUAAAGAAUAUGCCGCUAGAAUUAAACCUCUCGUCAUUGAAUCCGUCUCUUAUCUUCAUGAAAAGCUAGCCGGAGGAAAGAAUGUACUGGUAGAGGGUGCUAACGCUGCUAUGCUGGAUAUUGAUUUCGGAACAUAUCCGUAUGUGACCUCCUCCAACUGCAGCAUCGGUGGGGUCUGUACUGGUCUAGGGCUACCCCCCAGGUUUAUCGGUGACGUGUUUGGGGUGGUGAAGGCGUAUACUACAAGAGUAGGAGAUGGUCCUUUCCCAACCGAACUCCUGGAUGAUACUGGAGCUUUCCUUCAGAAGGAGGGUCAUGAGUUUGGAGUAACUACUGGUAGACCAAGAAGAUGUGGAUGGCUGGAUAUUCCUCUUCUUAGAUAUACGAACACUGUGAACGGGUAUACAGCAAUUGCCCUCACUAAACUUGAUAUUCUGGACAAGUUGGAGAAUAUUCUGAUUGGAGUGGACUAUGUGAAGAACGGGUCCAAGAUCCAAUACUAUCCGUCCAGCGAGUACCAAUUUAAGGGCGUUGAGGUUGAUUACAUCACUAUGCCUGGAUGGAAGACAAAUAUAACCGGGUGCCGAGCCUUCGAGGACCUCCCCCAACCCGCCAAGGAUUAUGUCCAGAAGAUUGAGCAACUUCUAGGAUUGCCGGUAAAAUGGAUCGGAGUUGGACAAUCUCGAGACUCAAUGAUAUUCAGACCUGAUGUUUAAUCUAGGACUGUACGAGAAUCUGGGAAAAUAAAUACUUGUGUAACGACAAUCGUACUGCAAUGUUGUACGUUAAGUGUACUAUCAUAUUCUCCAUAUUGUGUUCUGCAUUGUUGUACAUUAAGCGAACUGUAAUGUUAAACAUCAAACGUACUGCAGUGUGUGUUUUAACAAUCCAAAACUCAUGAAUAACAAUAAAAUAAACAUAUCCCUAACCUGUACCUAUACUUCAUGAAUUGUACAGUGUACAUUCUGUCCUAUUUGUACUCAAUGGACUCCUGUUUUGAGCUUAAUCAACCGAUCUAUCCUCAACCACGAAAUCUUAAGACAAAAUCUUUGAGAUCUGAACAUGCAAGAUCUGAAUCUAAUCAUAGUCAAUAAAAACCAGUGUUUCUUUUUGGAAAUAAUUAAUAAAUGUGAUGUUUUGUUACAAAAUUCUAAAUUUUACUUACUUCAAUGCAACCGAAAUAAACUAAGUGUACUUUUCUGUCACACUGUACAGGGUGAUAUUUUUAUGUAAUUUUCAUCCACUCUGUUCCAUCAUGUGAUUGUAUUUGGCCUUUCAUAUAUUUUAUUAUUUUUGAAAUUGUACAUUUCGAAAUAAUGAUGUUUUUUUUAAAUAGCACAAAAUAUUUGAUUUCAAAAUUUGUUCAAUGUUCACAAGUUCAUUCCUAGUAGUAGUCACAAGUGUUAGCUGCUAUUUUAAGCGGAUUUUUUUCAGA